CCCUCUUCUCCAUCUUUCAUUGUUAACAAGCCGCCCCAAGUCACGUUCAAGCCUCCGUCCGCCCAUCACAAACUCGGUUCGCGCCUCGAAGCCUGCGCGAUAGGCCCCGUCACGAUGGCGAACAAGCCCGAAAAGCUGGAUCCCGUCUGGGAUGAUCUGGAUAGGACUAUGGGACAACUGUUUAUGAUGGGCUUUGACGGCACAGCUGUCACGCCGCAGAUUAGAACGCUCAUCGAGAAACACCAUCUCGGCUGUAUUCUCUUGACUGCCAAGAAUCUUAAAUCCGCUGACGCGACAACGAAGCUUUGCUAUGAGCUUCAGAAAUGUGCCCACGAUGCAGGCCAUGCCGUCCCCCUGCUCAUUGGCAUCGACCAGGAAAAUGGAGGAGUGAACAGUCUCUUCGAUGAAAUUUAUAUUCGCCAGUAUCCAAGCAACAUGGGCAUUGCUGCUGCUGGCUCCACUGAUCUUGCUUACGAGGUGGCGAAAGCCACCGCUCAAGAAAUAUCUGCCUGUGGCAUCAACUGGAUAUUUGGCCCGUGCCUAGAUGUGCUAACGAAUGCUCGAAACCAGCCCUUGGGUGUUCGGACUGCUGGUGACGAUCCUCAAGAAGUGUCAGCAUAUGGCGUUGCCUUCAUGAAAGGCUACAAAGAUGCCGGUGUCGUGACCCUCGGAAAACACUUUCCUUCUUACGGCAACCUGGAGUUCUUAGGAUCGACACUGGAUGUACCUAUUAUUACCGAAUCUUUAGAGCAACUAAGCCUUAGCGCUCUGAUCCCGUUCAGGAACGCCAUCCGGCAAGGACUUGAUUCCAUGAUGGUCGGAGGGUGCGCAAUGUCUUCCGCUGGACUCAACGCCAUGCAUGCAUGCCUUUCCGAACAGGUCGUGGAUGGCCUUCUUCGAUCGGACCUCAAAUUUGACGGGGUAGUAGUCUCGGAAUGCCUGGAGAUGGACGCGCUAAGUCACAAUAUUGGUGUUGGUGGUGGCACAGUAAUGGCUGUCAAUGCCGGCUGCGAUGUCGUACUACUUUGUCGCUCAUUCUCGGUACAGCAAGAGGCUAUCAAGGGCCUUAAGACUGGAAUCGAGAAUGCUAUGAUCUCAAAAGAGAGAAUCUACAACUCACUCCGCCGUGUUCUAAACUUGAAAUCUAAGUCCACAUCUUGGGACAAAGCUCUUAAUCCUCCUGGCAUCAAUUUUCUGGAAACCCUACAGCCGAUCCAUACCGCGCUCUCGACAAAGGCUUACAAUGGGUCGAUCACCGUGGUUCGAGACAAGAAUCGACUCCUCCCUCUUUCCAACAUUCUCGACAGCGAAGAAGAAUUGCUCUUGUUAACCCCACUGGUAAAGCCGCUGGCCGCCUCAGCUGCAUCUCGAGCACUCUCCGAAACUGCAGCUACGGCAUCACCGGAACCAGCUGUGUGGGAACGGAGUGCCUCAGUCAUGAGUGGAGAGCGGGUCUUCAGAGAACUAGGCCGAUCCUUAGCCCGACAGCGAAGUGGACGUGUCCUUCACACAUCUUACACUGCGAACGGCGUACGACCUGUGCACGAAAAUCUCAUCAAUCGGGCAAGCGCAAUCAUUGUGCUUACGGCAGAUGCCAACCGAAAUCUCUACCAGCAUGGUUUCACAAAGCACGUGUCCAUGAUCUGCAAUAUGCAGUACACCACUGGCGGCGAAAAGCGAGAAAAGCCACUGAUUGUUGUCGCCGUCAGUUCACCGUACGACUUCGCAAUGGAUACUUCAAUCGGGACAUACAUCUGUACCUAUGACUUCACGGAAACCGCUCUCAACUCGCUCGUCAAAGUUCUCUAUGGGGAACUGUCGCCAACCGGCACACUGCCAGGAACGAUCAGUAAAAGCCAGAAAUUGCACCACUCAAGACAGCAUUGGCUAGUCGAGAACUUCAACGAGGAGCGAGACGCUAAUGCGCUUGACAGCCUCAUCACAGCGGUUAUGGACGGGGCGCCACCCAACCAACGCUCAGAGUUAUCGAGUGCGACGUCCAAUUCCUUCAUAUUGCACCACCCCGAGGUCGAGGAAUCACAUUUCGUUGUACGUAACAGCAGCACACAGGCUUUGUACGGGUUCUGCUCAACCUACUUCUUCAAAACAACUGGAACUGGAGUUAUUGGAGCACUUUUCGUAGAUCCCGCGAGAAGAAAACUCUCAAUUGGGCACUCUCUACACAACAGAGCUAUUCGGACGCUUUUGCAAAAGGAAGGCAUUAAGCGGUUCCAGUUGGGGUCACGGCUGCCGAGUAUUUUUCUGGGGAUCCCCACGGGGCACAACGCGGAGCGGAAGCGUCUGCGAUCGUGGUUUGCCAAUCUAGGCUGGAACGCUGCGCUAUCUCGACCGGUGUGCAGUAUGGUUGCCCGCAAUUUGUCCACUUGGUCACCGCCAGAGGGUAUGGCGAAGAGUCUGGCUGGAGCUGGAGCAGAGUUCGAUCUGGUGUACGGCUGGGAAUACUCGGCUCCAAUUCUCGACCACAUAAAAACGAGCAAUCGCCAAGGGCUGGCAGAGGUCUAUAAGCUCGCGCUCUCCGAUCCUUCCGCCUGCGGUAUCAUCCGCGCAAAGCGGCCUGAGGACGGGGCACUGGUGGGCACAGUGGUGCUAUACAACCAGCAUUCACGAUUAUCGGAGUUUGUUCCUCCACUGAAGGAUCUCAAUGAGACUGCUGGAGGCAUAUCUUCGCCAGUAAUUUCUCCUGCCGUGGGAGAAUACUCGACUCUCUUGCAGGGGCUGAUUCUUCUUGGGAUGCGACAGAUCAAGGCUCAAGGCAGCAACGCCUGCUUACUGGACUACAUGGACGGCGAUGGCAACUUUGACGGGUUUUCGGCAAUGGGAUUCGACGUGCUGCACAACUUUGAAGAGGUAAGCUGCGAUGCGGCCACCUGGACCAUGAUCCCGCCAUCAUGAGAGAGCAAGAGAGUGUUUCAGGGGAAAUCGAUUUCGGGAUGACUAAAUUACGAUUCAGGAGAGGAAAAGAUCAUUGGGUCUGGCUUGGAGUUUGGGAUACCCAGGCGUUAGGGGGGGGUAGUUUCUGAUGUAGUCCAUUCAUACAAGCCAGGGUGCUUGGCAAGGCUUGCCGAAUGCCAGGAGGCUGGGGGAGCACGCAGGUACCGGAUAGGUCGUGCCGAACAAAGAAUACUUCCGCG